AUGUCCAAACGAGAAUACAGACAUAUUCAUUCAGCACUCGACCUUCGGAGCACGGAAAUCAUGAUGGAGGAUGAUUCAUACGUUAACCGUCAUGAUGAUAUGAAUGAACAAGAUUAUGAAAAAAACAAGCAACAAAAAUUAAUGAAAAAACAUAAAUCCCACAACUUUGUCAGUAUGAGAAAUGAUGAUGAAAAUGUAAAAUUGAUCAUUCUUGAUUUUUCAAAUUCCUAUUCUUACUCUCCUCUUGGUGGAAAUUGUGAGCUCAAUGAUCUUCAGAGAUGGGAAUUAUUAUUGAAAAAGAAAUUCUCGUUACAACAAGAAGGAAAAAAGAAAUGGCUCUUCAAUCGUGAAUUGAAAUAUAAACGUUUCUUUCCCGUUGAGUUUAUGAAUAACAAGGAAUUUGUUUUGAAUCACAUCAAAAAGUAUGGUUAUGGAUUGGAAUAUUCAUCCACACAAUUAAAACAAGAUCGAGAGUUUGUGUUGAAAGUGGUUCAACAAAAUGGACACGAAUUUAAAUUUGCAAGUUCCACCAUUCGAAAUGAUAAAGAAGUGGUAUUGACAGCUGUAAAACAAUCUCCAGAUGCAUGGUACCACUGUUCAUUAGACUUUCAAUAUGAAAAGGAAUUUGCUUUGGAGAUUGUACAACAGAAUGGUUUGGCUUUGUUGCCUAUACAUGCUACACUUGGAAAAUUUGGUAGAGAUAUUGUUUUAACUGCUGUUAAGCAAAAUGGUGAAGCACUCGCCGAUGUUUACUGUGAUUUGAUAUCAGACAAGGAAAUUGUAUUGGAAGCAAUCAAACAAAAUAAGAAGGCUCUUCAAUUCAUUUCAAAAGAUUUAUUGAAAGAUUGUGAAUUCAUGUUGACAAUUCUCAAAUUAAUAUUUCCAGAAUUUUCUCAUUUAAAUUCUUUUGAUUAUUCACAAAAAGAUAUCGUGAUGAAACUUGUUCAAGAAUAUGAAUGGCUACUUGAAUUUGCAAGUGAUGAACUCAAGAAUGAUCGAGAAAUUGUUUUGAAAGCAGUUACGAAUGAUGGUUUAUCACUUGAAUUCGCAUCUGAUGAUUUGAAGUGUGAUCGAGAAAUUGCCUUACUUACUGUUAAGCAGGAAGGCUUUGCAUUGAAAUAUGUCUCUGAUGAAUUGAAGAAAGACAAAGAGCUUGUAUUAAAUGCUGUCAAUCAACAUGGACGUUCUCUUCAAUUUGCAUCUGAUGAUUUAAAGAAUGACAAAGAGGUUGUGAUGACCGCUGUCAGACAAAAUGGCUAUGCCCUUGUAUUUGCAUCAGAUGACUUGAAAAACGAUAGAGAAGUGGUAUUGAGUGCUGUUAGAACAUAUGGUUUUGCUUUCAGGUACGCAAGUGAAAUGAUGAAAGGUGAUCAAGAAAUUGUAUUAGAAACGAUCAAACAUGGUGGUUCUAUAGUUGGUGCUUCCUUAGACCUUUUGUAUGACAAACGAUUCUUAUUACAAGUUGUUAAAUGUGAACAUGGCAUUCUAAAUUGUGUGCCAAAUGAAAUCACAUCUGACAAGGAAUUUUUGUUUCAAAUCAUGAAAAUCAAUAGUCUUUCCAUUGUAUCCUCUCGAAAUAAUGAUAUGAAUCCUAUUUUAUGUGAUAAAGAACUCAUGUUAGAAGCAGUGAAGAAUAAUGGAUUUGCAUUGAAAUAUGCAAGCAAGGAAUUGCAGCAAGAUUCAGAACUUGUGAUGGAAGCUCUUAAAUGCAAUGGUUAUGUUUUGGAGUAUAGUGAUGAAUUAUAUCGAGCGAGAAUGCACUAUUGUUAUCAUGAUGCUUAUUUGGGAACUGUUAUUAACUUGUAA